AUGAGAAAUACUGAUUCUCCUCGUAGUAGCCAUGUUUCUGAAAGUGCAACAGGCAGCGUGAAAGGGUCCAAUGUGCUGAUCAAAGUGAAGACCCUCAUGGGUAAAGAGAUAGAAAUCAACACUGAACCAACAGACAAGGUUGAAAGAAUCAAAGAGCAUGCAGAAGAAAAGGAAGGAAUUCCUUCACAGCAACAGCAGCUAAUUUACAGUGGCAAACAGAUGAAUUAUGAAAAGAUGGCAGCUGAUUAUAAGACUCAGAGAGGCUCUACUCUGCAAUUGGCACUCGCACUAAGAGGAGGACUAUGA